AUGCUUGGAAAGAAGUCAGCCAAUACCUUCCCAACGUUAGCCCUCACCAUCACCACACCGACAGCUAACACCCCUUUUAGAUCCAUCCGCAUCAAUGGCGCCGACUGCGGCGUCGAGGCCCUCAUCCUCGGGGUUAUCACCUCGUUGGGGGGCUUCCUCUUCGGCUACGAUACCGGCCAAAUAUCGGGCAUGUUGCUGUUUAGGGACUUCAAGGACCGCUUCGGCCAAGAGGAGACACCCGAAGGGAGGGAUUUCACCCCCAUCAUCGAGUCAUUGGUGGUAUCCCUGAUGAGCAUCGGCACACUCUGCGGUGCCCUCACGGCAUCAUACACCGCCGACUGGUGGGGACGCAGAAAGAGUCUCAGUUUCGGUGUCAUCAUCUUCAUCAUCGGCUGCAUCAUCCAGAUGACUGCCAUGUCCUCGUGGGUGCACAUAAUGAUGGGUCGCUUCGUCGCCGGUCUAGGUAUCGGUAACCUGUCCGUGGGGGUGCCCAUGUUCCAGUCCGAGUGCUCGCCCCGUGAGAUCCGCGGCGCCGUGGUGGCAUCGUACCAACUCCUCAUCACCUUUGGUAUCCUCAUCGCCAACAUCGUCAACUACGGCGUGCGCGAGAUCGAGGACUCGGCCGCGUCCUGGCGCAUCGUCGUCGGUCUGGGCAUCGCCUUCUCCAUGCCGCUCGGCCUGGGCAUCUUGAUGGUACCCGAGUCCCCGCGGUGGCUGGCGGCGCGGUCCCGGUGGGACGACGCGCGCGUCUCGAUGGCGCGCCUGCGCGGCAUGAAGGACGACCCGAAAAACGGGCUGGUGGAGGACGACAUGCGCGAGAUGCGCGAGAUCCUCGAGAAGGAGCGCUCCGUCGGCGUCGGCACCUGGGGCGAGUGCUUCAUCCCGCGCAGCAACGGCGUGCCCAAGCAGGUCUACCGCACCAUCCUGGGCAUCUCGAUCCACUUCCUGCAGCAGUGGACCGGCGUCAACUACUUCUUCUACUACGGCGCGACCAUCUUCGAGUCGGCCGGCAUCGACGACCCGAUCCAGACCCAGCUGAUCCUGGGCGCCGUCAACGUGGCCAUGACCUUCGGCGGCCUGUACGUGGUGGAGCGCUUCGGCCGCCGCUGGCCGCUGAUCAUCGGCGGUCUCUGGCAGGCCGCCUGGAUGGCCGUCUUCGCGUCGAUGGGCACGGCGCUGGACCCGGAGAACAACAGCACGUCGGGCAUCGUCAUGAUCGUCGCCGCCGCCAUGUUCAUCGCCUCCUUCGCCAUGACCUGGGGCCCCAUCUGCUGGGUGGUCAUCGGCGAGACAUUCCCGCUGCGCACGCGCGCGAAGCAGGCGUCCAUCGCCACCGCGGGCAACUGGCUGGGCAACUUCAUGAUCUCCUUCCUCACCCCGCUCGCCACCUCCGGCAUAUCCUACGCCUACGGCUACGUCUUCGUCGGCACCAACCUGGCCGCCACCCUGGUCGCCUACUUCUUCCUGUACGAGUCGGUCUCGCUCUCGCUCGAGAACGUCGACGCCAUGUACGCCCAGCCGCAGCUCAAGCCGUGGACGUCGCGCGGCUGGAUGCCCGAGGGAUACCUCUCGCGCCUGCAGCGCGACGAGGAGUUCUUUCGGCGGCCUGUGGAUAUUGGGGAGGGUGGGGGUGGUGUUGGCGGCAGUGGUGCUGGUGGUGGUGGUGGGAAGCAGGAAGAGGACUUGGAUGAUGGGACUACGGCAGUGCCGAGUGGGCGGCCGAGUCGCGCUGUGGAUGACCGGGAGAAGAGGUCCAGGUCGGGGGGGAGUGGGGAUUUGCCGGCUGAGACGAGGGAAGAGAGAGUUCGUCGGGCGGUGUAA